CUCAGUUGAAUGAAAAAUUCCCCUUCGUUCUCUCCCUUCCGGCGUGUCCGUCUCGCUUCUUCCCUCCGUGUCCACCACUCUCCUCGUAUCCCAUCCCUUCCUCCUUCUAGUUCCUCUCGAUCUCUCCCGUUCUCGUUCUCCAUUAUCUUUCCCUCCAUCACCCUCCCUGUCUCUCUCCCUCUUUCUCUCUCAUUGUCGAAGGGCCGGCCAGACGCAGCGCAGCGGCUGCCACGUAUGCAUGGAUCAUGACUCUUAACGAUAUGCCGAUUUGGACGGUCUAUAAUGCAAGACAGGUUGUUACAGAGCAUGUGUGUCUGUGUGUAGACGUAGAGAGAUGCCACUUCCAGGACAAGGAGUUACAAAGGGAUGUCGAAAACGAUUCCUAUUUGUUCCUCUUCUUCUCCUUCCUUUUCUCUUUUCAGCACAAAUCCAGGUGCAAAAAUUUCACGAGUCACAGAAUGUGGUAGAUGGAAGCAAACACCCUGUCAAGAAGUUCGAUCAUCUUGUUUUUGGCCCAGCUGCAGGGCGGGGCUUUCCUGGACGUGUUCAAUGUGAUGGAUUUAAAGCGAUUAGCAAGGUACCAAGUUUGCAUUCACCUCGUUUUCUGAAAUUUCAAGAAAGCAUAUCGAUUGUCACCUUUUUUGUGGCAUAUAAUAAUACUUUAUUGAGGAAAAACAAACCCGAGAAGUUCUUAGAGAAGGUAACUGUUGGAAACACCUCAUAUGAUAAAGCUGGAAGGUCAUUGGCAAUUCUCAAUGUUUUCAUCAAUUUCAUCCAGGUAUCAAUGCCCCAAAGUAAUGUCAUAAUUUUAACAGAUCCAGCUUCUGACCUGUCAUAUAACAGAAACGAUGUAUCUGUCUUUCCUAUCCAUGGGAAUUAUUCAAGGGAGAAUUUGAUGCUUCAGAGGAUUAAAGCUUACAUAGCUUUUCUUGGAGCAAAGCUUGAUGAAAUUGAUGGGCAGAAACGUAUCUCACAUUUUGUAUUCACUGAUUCAGACGUGGCAAUUGUUGAUGAUCUUAGAUGUAUAUUUGAGAACUAUCCACAAUUUCAUCUUGCUCUCACUUUCCGGAACAAUAAAAAUCAGCCUCUCAAUUCAGGAGUAAUUGCUGUAAGGGGCACUCGUGAAGGAAUUCUGAAGGCAAAAACAUUUCUAGAAGAAGUACUGAGGAUUUAUGUGAGCAAAUUUAGUAAAGCUUCGUACAUGCUUGGAGAUCAACUUUCUCUUGCUUGGGUUGUAAGGGACCAUGCUGCAUUCAAUUCUAAAAGAUUUACCAAAUCUGAAGCUUUUGUCGAUGAAAUAAAUGGGGCAUUUGUGCUGUUUCUACCGUGUCUGGUUUACAACUGGACACCACCUGAAGGUGCAGGACAGUUUCAUGGAAUGCCUGUGGAUGUAAAGAUCAUUCAUUUCAAGGGUUCAAGAAAACGGCUGAUGCUUGAAUCCUGGAACUUCUUCAAUUCUUCUUCUCCAGUUGACUUCUCAGACAUGAUGUGCCUUAUCUUAAAAAGUGGCAGAACGAAAGUGAGGGAGAGAGGCUGUAAAAGAAGGCUUGAGAAAGAGGUAGUGACUGAGGCCGUUACUGAGCAGGGGCACCAUGCCUAGCAAAGGCCGAUGAGCUCUGCCCUCCCCCUCAACGGAGACGUCGUCUCUACAGGAGGAGAAGGAACGAAGAUUGUAGCUCUACAAGGGGGGAUCAACUAGUCGUCGAUAUCUUGCUUUAUUGGUAUAGAAGGUGGAGGACAAACUGCUGAUCUUGAUCCUCUUAUCCAUCAAAUGCCCUUGAGAGGAUGUUUGGUAAUAAGAACACUGUGUUCUUUGGAAUGCAAUAUUCUAUGAAUGUGUCUAUUUUGUGGAACACAUUCAUAGUG